AUGCGUCAUCCAGUUGAUUCAAUAGCUUGGGAUACGAUAAAUCAUAAGUGGCCAGCUUUUGCAUCAGAUCCUAGAAAUCUCCGGCUUGGUCUUGCAACAGAUGGAUUCAACCCUUUUGGUGAUCUUAGUUCUAGAUAUAGUUGUUGGCCAGUUAUUUUAGUAAAUUACAACCUUCCUCCGUUGAUGUGCAUGGCGAAGGAAAAUCUUAUGUUGACAUUAUUGAUUCCAGGCCCGAAGCAACCAGGAAAUGAUAUAGAUGUAUACUUGGAACCCCUAGUGGAGGAUUUGAAGGAGUUAUGGGACAUUGGUGUGGAGACGUAUGAUGCAUUUAGCAAGUCAGUGUUCAAUAUGAAAGCUAUUUUGAUGUGGACAAUCAAUGAUUUUCCAGCUUAUGGAAACUUAGCUGGAUGUGCCACAAAAGGGAAAUUUGGUUGCCCAAUAUGUGGUGAAGGCAUAUCUUCUAUGUGGCUUAAGUAUAGUAGAAAGUUUGCAUAUUUAGGGCAUAGGAGAUUUCUUGCUCCUAAUCAUCCAUUCCGUCAGAAGAAGAAGUGGUUUGAUGGGAAUAAAGAGACAAAAGGAAAACCUAGGCCUCUGAAUGGAUUAGAAAUUCUUAAUGUAUUGAAAGACAUUGAAAAUGACUGGGGUAAAAAGAAAAUGGGUAAAGAUAUCAAUAAUACAAAGAAAAAGAGGAAGGAGCGUGAUGGUUCAAAAAAAGGGCUCCUGCUACGUCAUAACUUAGAUGUUAUGAAUGUUGAAAAGAAUGUUUGCGAGAAUAUCAUAGGUACAAUGUUAAACUUAAAGAAAAAAUCAAAAGAUGGUGUUAACGCUCGCAAAGAUUUGAGGAACUUAAAUAUUAGAAAAGAAUUACAUCCUCAAGAAAAAGGAGAAAACAUGUAUCACUUGCCGGCUGCACCUUACACAUUGUCUAAAAAAGAAAUGGACGUAUUUUGUUCUAGGUUGAAGAAAAUAAAGUUACCUGAUGGUUAUAGCUCAAAUAUUGGUAACUGUGUUUCUUUAGAAGAACGAAAGCUUAUUGGGUUGAAAUCUCAUUAUUGUCAUGUUCUUAUGCAACAAUUGCUUUCAGUAGCAUUGAGAAGUCUUUUACCAAAAGGUCCACGUAAUGCUAUAUUUUUGCUUUGUGCAUUUUACAAUGAGUUAUGUCAAAGAGUGUUAGAUAGGAACCGUCUAGAACAACUCGAAGAGAAUAUUGCUGAAACUUUAUGCAUGUUGGAGAGGUACUUUCCACCAGCUUUCUUUACCAUCUCUGUUCAUUUGACAAUUCAUUUAGCAAGAGAGGCUCGCCUAUGUGGGCCAGUUCAAUUCCGCUGGAUGUAUCCAUUUGAAAGAUUUAUGAAAAUGCUUAAAGGCUAUGUGAAGAACCGAGCAAGGUCAGAGGGUUGCAUAGCUAAGUGUUACCUUGCAGAAGAACGAAUGCGAUUUUGUAGUGCUUAUAUAAAAAAAGCUGCUUGUAUUGGUCUCCGAUCUAAUCAGAAUGACGAUUUGGAAAAUGGAGUAGUGGAAGAAAUUGAUCCUUACAUACAGAUGCACAUUGAGGAGCUUAAACAAAUAGAUCGUCGUUUCUCAACACAUGGUCCAAGAAAGCAUGUUAUAUCAUAUACAGGUUAUAUUAUAAAUGGACAUCGGUUCCACACAAUUGAUGUUGGAAGGUCGACACAAGAUAGUGGUGUUUCAGUUGAAGCUGAUACUAUUUGGCAAUCUAGUUCUACUGAUUCACAUACAGUAGGAAGACAAUCGUACUAUGGGGUUAUACGAGAUAUUGUGUUACUAGACUAUUAUUUUUCCAAAGUACCUAUUUAUAGGUGUGAUUGGGCUAAUCCUGGAACUGGUAUCAAAAUGGAUGAUGGUUUUACACUUGUCAACUUACACCAAGGACUAAGGACUUUUGAAAAUGAUCCUUUCAUUUUAGAAUCACAAGCAAAGCAAGUUUUCUAUUCUAGGGAAAAUGAUGAAUCAAAUUGGUAUGUAUUGCUAAAAGCGCCACCUCGAGGUAUUCAUAACAUGGAUUUGCUUGAAGAGGAUGCAUAUACAUCAUCAAAACCUCUUGAUGUGUCUAGACUUAAGAUUAACAUUACUGAGAAAGAACCAUAUUCCAGAAAUGAGUGUGAGGGAAUUGAUGUUAUUGAUAUCCCAUGA